GCAGAUAUACUGACCUUCCGCAUUGUCAAACAACAUGGCAACUCGGGCUCUGAUUAGAGGGAUUUGUAGGUCAGUUUCAAUAUGUGGGAAACCGCAUUAUUCAACAGCAGCGUCUAUAAAUACACUGCAUCCUCCACAUGACGAUGUAACGGAUAAGGUCAUGAACCUACCCCUUGAAAAGCCAGAUUUCUUCCGUGUGUCAGAACUCUUCUCACUAAAAGACUUGUUCGAUGCCAGAGUACAUCUCGGCCACAAGAAAGGAUGCAGGCACAGACUUAUGGUGCCUUAUCUCUAUGGAUGCCGUUUAGAUCAAGAUAUUAUUGAUCUGGACCAAACUGUGGAGCAUCUUCAACAGGCACUUAACUUUACUGCACACAUUGCAUACAGGGGCGGUAUUAUACUCUUUGUCAGCCGGAGACGCCAAUUUGCCCACUUGAUAGAGAACACUGCCAAGGAAUGUGGAGAGUACGCCCAUACAAGAUACUGGCAAGGAGGGCUACUUACCAACGCUCCUGUCCAGUAUGGCCCUGGAGUCCGUCUACCAGACCUCAUGAUUUUCCUGUCCACUCUUAACAAUGUUUUUCAGACACAUGUGGGAAUCAGAGAUGCCGCUAAAAUGAAUAUUCCAACUAUUGGUGUUGCGGAUUCAAACUGCAACCCAUCACUCGUCACAUACCCUAUCCCUGGUAAUGAUGAUACUCCAGUUGCCAUGGAAAUGUACUGCCGCUUAUUCAAGAUGACAAUCAACCGUGCAAAGGACAAAAGACGACAAAUGGAUCUCCUUCAUGGCUUGAUAACACCCUCCAUUCAAAAUUCAUGACAUUUCUGGUUUAUAAAGACAACUACAGGUCAUUUUAGAACAUUUUGUCCACAUUGUAAUCACUCUGUAAUGGGCCUCUCUGUUCUGUCUUGGCUUAUUUUGUUUAGUUUUUUUUACUGGUAACUUUAAUACAUGCCUAAGUUGAAUUGACUUGAUGUUUAUUCUCAGUUAAAGAUGUAAAUAAUUAAAAAGUCAAUAAUUUGGAAAUUAUGACCUGAAGAGUACAGGCAUUGGUGGAGUGUUAUAAAAUAUAUGUAUAAUAAAAUAAAUAAAGCAUUGCAUUUUUUUCC